AUGUCUGAGUAUGCUCCCCCACCUGGACCUCCUCCAGAACAUUUAAGAAAUCUCUAUCCACCACCACCAGGCUUUGGUGGAGAUGGAAAGUUGAAUGAAUUCCAGCCUUCAGUAUCUCCAAAUGCACCAGAUACUGCGCCAGGUAUUGAACUAGGUGUUGUGCCUGCACCUCAACCAACUGAGGCAAAUCCCACACUGCCUUCAUCUGCUCAAGGAUUGUCCAGGUUAGAUCCCGCAUCAAGUUUCUACAAGGGAAAUGUUGCUCCACCUACCCAACCACCCCCAGCUGAAAACACAAGCGCUAAUCAUCCAUCUUUAUCUGUUCCAGAUGCGCCAAUUGUUGCUCAGCCUGUUAAUGAAAAGGAAAUUAAUACUGAAAAUCAAUCUAAGAUUGAGCCACCAGCAGGUCCCCCACCAACAGAACAGUCAGCAGGCCCUCCAGCAGGCUCUACAGAAAAACCAGUAGGUCCACCAGCGGGAACUUCACCAUCAAAUUAUGCCGAUGAAAAGGAUAGACAAUUCAAUAGUUUCUCACCACCAAACCAACCUCAGUACCCACCACCUAACCAGUACCCUACACCAAAUCAAUAUCUUCCAAAUCAAUAUCCACCAAACCAAUACCCACCAAACCAAUACCCACCAAACCAAUACCCACCAACUCAACCUCCACCGGGUCAAUAUGCAUCACCUCAAUACCAAGGUCAACCAAUAGCUGUUCAAGAGCAACAAAAGGAAAAAUCCGACAGUGGAGCAGCAGCUGGUUGCUGUGCCGGUUGUUUUGCUGCUAUUGGUGCAUUGCUUUGUUUUUCUGCUCUCGAUUAAAACUGAAAUGGUGCCAGGUUGACGUCCACAAACUUUGAGUUAAUUUAAAUUUUAAAUUUUUUUUGGGUUUUUAUUGUUUAUUUAUUGUUUGUUUUUUUUAUGUUUUUCUGGUUGUUCAUUCUUCACUGUCUGACAUUCUUAUUUUUCCAAAAUUUCUAAUUGCUUACAAAAUCACAUAAUAGUUAAUACCUCGUGUAAAAUGAUGCUACGGUGCUACCGUCGCCAUUGCGCCCGCCUUCCGCUUCCGAAAAACCAGAGCCAAACCUCUGUGUGGAUCACAUGACGCACCGCCAGCAGGUUUUUCAUCAGGUGGCAUUUUUCAGUGGUUCAAUCCGCUUGUGAGAGAAGGUUUGCGACCAGUUUUUCUCUUUCAUUUGCGCACUUUUUUAGACUCACCGCU